AGCACAGGAUGAGAAACCCAGUUCCCCUCAGUCUGAGCAGCUGAGCAGUGACUCUACCCAGUGUCAGCUUUCCAUCUCUCUCUGAAAACACUUCAUUGUCUCAGAAUUUCAGGAGAUUACAAAAUCCUCUGGUUCUCUUUCUGAGAGAUUUACUGUUUACUCUUCAUACACACACUCACACACAGACUCACACACACACACACACACACUCUCUCUCUCUCUCUCUCUCUCUCUCUCUCUCUCUCUCUCUCUCACUCACUCACUCACUUGCUCACUCACUCACUGCUUCCUGCCCUGCAAAACUGGAUACCACUGAAGAAUUUUCUGAAGAGACUUGCCUUUCGUCUUCUGAACCGUGUCUGCCAGACAAUGCUGUUGUAAAAGUCUUAUCCAUAACUUGAGAGAUGGUGAAUUACUACAAGCAAAUUGUUCUUCUGUCUGGAUUAGAAUAUAUGAAUGACUAUAACUUUAGAGCACUUAAGUCCUUACUGAACCAUGACCUAAAACUGACUAAGAACAUGCAAGAUGAUUAUGACAGAAUUAAGAUUGCUGACUUAAUGGAAGAAAAGUUCCCAGAGGAUGCUGGAUUGAGCAAACUGAUAGAAGUAUGCGAAGAUAUUCCAGAACUUGCAGAUCAUGUUGAUAUACUUAGAAAAAAGAAGGAGAAAGUUAAAAAUAAAACCAAAAUAAAAUCUGAAUCCAGCCCUCCUCCACUUACCUCCAGCCUGAUGGAAGCUUGGGAAGUAGAACCAGCUAUGGUGACAGCUUCAUCAGAGGAAAGCAAAGAUACUAUCCCUGAAUCACCUGAUACCAUGACAACACAGUUUUUGGAGGAAAAGCCUAAGUUUCCAUUACUUUCAACAACCAGCACAAGCCAGGCUGAGGGUGAACCCCUGACUCCUCAGAGAUUUCCAACAACAGCCUCCAGCAGUCUCCAGACACCCCUGGAGCCUCCAGAAAUAUCGUCCACCAUAUUGGCAACAUCUCAGGGUUCUUCAGUACCAUAUUCCACCUGUGACAAAUCUUCUCGGGUGCCUCCAGUGACAGCCUCCAGCAGCACUCAGACCAUCCAGACAUGUCUGGCAACCUCAACACUUCCUUGUAGUCACCAAGCUACUCUGAAGUCUCCAAAAACAGAGCCCAGCAGUGUCCAGGCCACUCAGAUGACUCAAGCAAUAAAGGCAAGUGGUCAUAAUUGUCCUCAGGUGCCUGCAGCACCAGUAUCCAGCAGUUUCAUUAAACCUCAGGUGACCCCAGCAAUGUUACUCAGCGGUGUCCAAGCUCCUUUGAUGCCUCAAGCAACAGUGCCCAGCUGUGCCCAGACCUUUGAAAUGAACCCAGCAACAAUGACCAAUGGUUGUAAUAGUCCUCAGAUGUCUGCAGCAACAGUACACAGCAGUUACAGUAACCCUCGGGUGACUCCAGUAACAGUGGCCAGCAGUGGCCAGAGCUUUCGACUGACCCCAUCAAGAUGGUCCAGUGGUUUUAAUAGUCCUCAUGUUUCUGCAGCAACAAUAUCCAGCAGUUAUAGUAAGCCUCAUGUGACUCUAGCAAUAGUGCCCCACAAUGCCCAAACCUUGCAACAGACCCCAGCAGCAAUGACCAGUGGUUGUAACAGUCCUCAGAUGUCUGCAGCAACAAUAUCCAGCAGUUAUAAUAACCCUCAGGUAACUCCAGCAACAGUGCCAAGAAGUGCCCAGUCCCUUUUGAUUCCUCAAGUAGCAGUGCCCAGCAGUGCCUUUCAAAUGAUCUUUCAAAUGACCCCAGCAGCAAUGGCCCAUGGCUGUAAUAGUCCUCAGAUCUCUGCAGCAACAGUACACAGCAGUUACAGUAACCCUCGGGUGACUCCAGCAACAGUGGCCAGCAGUGGCCAGAGCUUUCAACUGACCCCAUCAAGAUGGUCCAGUGGUUUUAAUAGUCCUCAUGUUUCUGCAGCAACAAUAUCCCACAGUUAUAGUAAGCCUCAUGUGACUCUAGCAAUAGUGCCCCACAAUGCCCAAACCUUGCGACAGACCCCAGCAGCAAUGACCAGUGGUUGUAACAGUCCUCAGAUGUCUGCAGCAACAAUAUCCAGCAGUUAUAAUAACCCUCAGGUAACUCCAGCAACAGUGCCAAGAAGUGCCCAGUCCCUUUUGAUUCCUCAAGUAGCAGUGCCCAGCAGUGCCUUUCAAAUGAUCUUUCAAAUGACCCCAGCAGCAAUGGCCAAUGGCUGUAACAGUCCUCAGAUCUCUGCAGCAACAGUACACAGCAAUUACAGUAACCCUCGGGUGACUCCAGCAACAGUGGCCAGCAGUGACCAGAGCUAUCGACUGACCCCAUCAAGAUGGUCCAGUGGUUUUAAUAGUCCUCAUGUUUCUGCAGCAACAAUACCCAGCAGUUACCAAAAUUCCCCUCAGGUGUCUUCUGCAACAAUGCGCAGGAGUUUUCCUGCCAUGUCCCUGUCUCCAGCAACACCACCCAAGAAACCAAGACUGAAGAAAGUACCUAAACAACCUUCUGAAGAAAAUGGUCACCAGCAAGGUUUCAAACAAGUGAUGGUGUUAAAAGUCACAGAGCCAUUCACAUAUGACAUUAGAAAAGACAAAAGAAUGUUCCAUGCCACCGUGGCUACGGAAACUGAAUUCUUCAGAGUGAAGGUGUUUGACAUAGCCCUCGAGGAAAAGUUCAUCCCCAGGAAAGUCAUUGUCAUCUCAGAUUAUAUCGGCUACAAUGGGUUUCUAGAGAUAUACACAGCCUCCUGCGUAUCAGAGGUGAACGACAGCAAUGUGAUGAAUAUCCCAACUUCCCUGAGACAAAAAGCCAACGCAACACCUAAAAUUAGUACUCUUUGUACACAAAGAGCAGGAACAUUUGUGAAUGGAACAUUUACAGUAUAUGAGAAAACAGUGAGGAGUGAAUUCAUUUACUAUGGAAUAGAAGAUAGAACGGGGAGGAUGGAAGUGGUGGUCUACGGACAAUUUACCAAACUGUACUGUGAGCCUGGGGAUAAGCUUAGCCUCUUCUGCUUUGAACUGAGCUCCAGUUUGGAUAUGUGGCAGCUGAGAUCUGUGAGGCACAGUUAUAUGCAGGUCAUCCAGGCUAGGAAGAGAGACUAUGAACUUCCCAAUGUUCAUGCAAUUAUUGAAACAGCUCAAAGCUCACUCUCAUGGAUCCCUGAACAACAAUGGUAAUGAUGCUGUGCUGAGAAGCUGCAAGUGCAGAAGAAAAAACAAUGUGUAUAUGGCAUAUAGUGAAAAAACACAUGUAAAAUCCAGCUCUUGAUCCUAGGAAAUAAUAUUCCUUUAAUUAUUUCCUUAUGCAUUUUAGAUUCCUUAUAUUCCAUAUUUCCAUCUUAUGUCUCAAAAUAUGAAAGAAAGAUAUAAACAUUUUAUCUAAA